AGAAGAUCUAGUUUCACAACACGAACAUGCCACCUACUGAGGAUCUUGCAGCUAAAAUUGACCAAGCCUCUGAGGCAGGAGAGCAGUUUGCCAAACUAUAUUAUGAGACAUAUGACAAAAAGAGACAUGAAAAAUUGGCCAAAAGCUAAAUCCUGUCACCAAAACAUCUUUAAUCAUUCAAGAGCGUGAUGGCAAUGGUGGUAGAAUCUCCGGAUAUCAUUCAGAAAUUUUACAUGGCAGCGGUUAAUCGCGAUCUGUCAAAAUUAGAAGAUUGUGUACUUGUUGAUGGUGUGGAUGUUAAUUAUAUAUUCACCGAGCCGUACAUUUCUUCACAUCACACUGGGGGUACAGCGUUACAUAUUGUUGCAGAAAAGGGACAUACUGCCGUUAUAGAGGAUAUGCUAAUGUUGGGAGCCAAUCUCUGUUUUGAAAAUAAAUCUGGUGAUUCUGCCAUGCACAUUGCCUGUAAACAUGGAAAUAGUCAAGCUGUUCUUAGCUUUUUGAAAAGUAAUCACAUGUCCAAAAAUCUUCAAAACAACCAUGGCAUAACUCCCUUGAUGCGUGCAAUUUUUCGCUAUGAGACAGCGUUCAAGGGGAAAUAUAUUGAGAUAAUCAAGUCUCUGAUAGAGUUUGGUUGCGAUGUUAAUCUUGCUCCAGAGCAUUCUAAAACAACACCUCUCCACAUGGCAGCGGAGAAAUGGGAUCCUGUUGUGUCUGAACUACUUAUAAAGGCAGGUGCCCAUGUAAAUGCUAAAGAUCUCAAAGGUUCUACCCCCCUGUUCACUGCUGUAUCACGACCAAGAAUUAGCUCAGAAGUUGUUAAAGUUCUUGUCAAGGCUGGUGCUCUUGUAUGUGAUGUCAAUUCAAAUGGAAGAAGUCCCUUGCAUAUAACAGUGUCAAAAAAUGAUGAUCUUAGUGUUUUUCAUUUGCUAGAAGGUGGAGCUAAUCCUAAUGUUUCUGACAAUGGUGGUUUAACUCCCCUUGUUAUUGCAGUCCAUGAAAACAAUACCAAGAUUGUAUCUCAUUUACUCACAUAUGGAGCAGAUGUGAAUUAUAUGCCCAGGGAGCAGAACAGUCUGGUAGGAGGUUACCAGGAAGAAAAAUUAAGUAUCUUGGGUAUUGCUGUGUCAAAUGAAAAUUUGAAAAUUUGUCAACUGCUUCUCCAAGCAGAGGGUGAUAUUUUGAAGAACAGCUUAAGAGGAAGGAAUUUACUGUCUAUGGCUGCUAGAAAAGAGAAUAUGAAGUUGGUUAAACUUUUUCUGCAACUGAAUUACCCAUCAGAGUCUCUUCCAGAGAUGUUUCCAAGCAGUCACCUGAGUUCCAAAGCUGCUGAUAUUUUCCUGUUGCUUCUAAAGUGGGCGACUUAUCCGGAUGUUUACGAGUUUGAGGAUUGCUUAUUAAAGUUGGAUGACCUUGACAAUGACUCAGUGUUUCAUAAAAGAAAAGCUCAGCAACUGUUUUAUAGUGCAAAGUCACUGCGGGAUAUAUGUUGCAUCCAUAUAAGGAAGCUAUUAGGGUUAAACAUUCACAAAAAGCUACAGAUGUUGAUGGAUGAGGGGCAUAUAGCUAGAGCACAUGCUGACUUACUGUUGCUAACACAGGAGCUUUAUUAAAUAUCUAAUUGCAUUGGAUAGGGUAUUUCAUUUAUCACUGCAUCUCUAACAAUCCAACCAAUCAAUGUAAAAUGGUUUUUAAGUAUAUUCAGUGCCUAUUUUAUCAAUAAAGACAUGUCAUUGCUUUUGUCUGCUAGUGUUCAUACUGGUGUUAAUAUGGCUAGACAACUCGAUGAUUUUAAUUAUCUGUGAUCUCUGUAGUUCUUUUACAUAUUUUUAUUACAAUUAUGUGAUUUGUACAUAUUUUUAAAGAAUGUGAUAACUUUUUAUUUAUGAUACAUGUAUUUGUGAAUUUGAUAUUGUUAUGACAAAUACUGGUGAUUCUUUUUUCCAGCUUAUAGACAUAAAUAAUUGAGAGAAUGAUUAAGAUGAAAACAAUGUACCCAGUACGUGUACGGUACUUAUUAAAACUGUUGCAAUAAA